GCUUUUCGAAAGGGCUGGCUGGUACAGGUUGCGACAGCAGUUGCAGUGUUUCUAGGCAUCACCCAACUAGAGCCAUUCGCCAUCUCUUUCAAAUCCUUGAAACCCACCAUUUUUACAAAGAACAUCAAAGAACAAUGGAGAGAUCUACUGGAGAACAGCAUUAUCGAGCAGACGGACAUUGCUGAGACCGCUGCUGUGCUUCUAUCUUCCACUGCUCGUUUCAGUUUGGUCCUUUGUGAGGCAAGAGGACCGUCCUCAGCAGAUGUAGCGCAACAGAAGUUGGGCCGAGUAACACAGUUCUCUUCGCUGCACUCGCCAGUGAGCUUGAAGUUGAAUUGGAUUCUGCCGAUCUUGGCAGCUGCCAGCUACUGUUGGCUGGUUCUCCCAGAUGCCUUGGUGCUUCUAGUUGUAGAUACAGGCCUGGCGCUCGUGAGCCGAAGGCAGUUGAGUGUCGGUGAGACAACUUGGACGCCCAAGGAGGCUUUUGCUGUGAUGCCCAUUGUCGCCAGCACUGACAAAAUUCGCACAGUUCCAGAAAGCCUGCUGAAGGAGGCACCAGAUGAAGAAACAGCCAAAAACAGCGUCAAAGGCAUCUUCGCAGAUGAUUUUGGCAAGCUGGAAGGACCUGGAAUUCUCGCGGGUACCCAAGGCCGUCUGAGUGGGACGGCUCGCUUCAUGCAGAGCGGUCCCUUGGUGUUGGUCCCUGCAGCCCAUGCAAUGGGUAUAGAUUGCGCUCCUCUUGAUCAACCGGAUCCCAUUCAUCAACCAGAUCCCCUCUAUCAGCCGGGGCCAGAGUUCAAAAUCGCUAGCUCUUCUGUGGAUGCUGACGAACGGGCAGAUGUGGUCUACCAGGACGAUCCCUCAAAUGGUUUGCUGAUGGGCAUCCCAGGAUCUCCCUUUAACAACGGCGGCCGCAGCCGCGUGGGAUCCGAAAACUCCGUGACGAGUGGCUGGCCCCAACCGCGGCCACGGAUGCAGUCAGAGGGCGAGAGGUCGAAUUGGUCCGACAAUACUUUGACCUACAGCACUUCGGCGAUGAAUUCAGGCGUGUCCGUGCCCUCCUCCAGUCCAAGUCUUCAGAAGAUAAGCUGUGUGGAAUCCUCCACGCAGACCAUGGUGGUUUGGAAGGAGAGCUCUUGGCACUGCACCCAAUGUGCACGACCUCCAUUACCGCGAGACGGACCAACAUCUCCCUUGCCACCGGCCAAGAGCAGCUCCUUUCAAGGAGCUCUGGAGGCGAAACUCUCGAAGGAAAGCAAACGAAGAGCCUUAUCCUUCAUGGAGCAGCUGCAAGGAGAAUGGCGGCUGUGCAGUAGCUCAGCAGGCCGCAUUGAUCAGGUGGCAGAUUGGUUGAAGGUCUUCCAGAUCGAUCAGACUGUGGUGUCCAGCGAGGUCAAGGGUGCUGCCAAGGCUGCGGGGAAGGCCAAGGCUGUCGCCAAAGCUGCCAGCCCUGAACCCCCGCCCAAAGUGGCGGGCCCCGAGAAGUUAUCUGUCUUCGAUGCUGAAACCAAUUUGAAUUUCGUGGAAGAUGACGACUGGGCGCAGCUGGCGGAGCAUCCCAACGAUACCAGCCAGAAGGUGCUUGAGGCAGUUCUACUGCUCAUGGGUGAUCCGGACACAACUUGGGAGAAUGCUGCGGCUGCCUUGCAGAAACCUGAGGCCUUGGUGCAAGAGCUCCGUGCCCUGGGCCCCUUGGGUUCCACGGAGCUCCAGCUGCAGCAGGCCUCCCUGGCGCUGGCCGCGGCGGAGCUCGGGCGCCUGAUGCCCAAGGCCGCCGCCAAGGCGAAGCCGAAGGCGGAGCCGAAGGCGGAGGUCAAGGGGCCACCAGGUGGCGCACCGGCAGCCAUCGCACUGGCACAACUGGUGGAGGCCUAUCUUUCUGCCGAGAAGACAGCUCAGAAGAUCCCACAGAUGUGGCCGGUGCUGUCAUACAACAAGAUCCAUCAGAGUGUGCAGCAAGCCUUGUACGCUCAGCAGCAUUUGUGCCUGGUGUGCACUACUCCUUUGGCAACCGCGGCGACUCUGUUGUACUGCCAACUGGCAGGCUGCGCCAUUUUCAAUCUCCAGGAACUGCAGGUUAAGAUCAAUCUGUGCAAGUCCAUGACUCUUGAGGCUGCUCGUGCCGAGCUGGGCUCCAUUCUGAAAAGCUCAAUGACUCAGGGACUCAGAUUGGUUGUGCUGUUAGGAUCCGCUCCUCCAAACCUCAGAAGACUUUGUGAUGCCAGUCAAGUUCCCAUGGAUGUCUUCGACUUUGAGAAGAUCUCAGAGGUGGCGCAAUCUUUGGGAACGACCUGUAAGCGCGGCUUCCAGUUGCUGCUUCUGACAGAAAUGUCCAAAGGGAAGGCUGAAAAGAGCCUUCCGCAGCUGGUACCUGCGAUUGACGAGAUGGCUGUCAUGGUGGUCGACAAAGCCUCACUCCCUGAGAGCCAUAUUUUGGAGGCCGCCCGAGCCCGGCUGGAGCGACCCUCGCUGCGCUCAUCGUUGAAGCUGUUGGCUGCCGCGGCGAAUGUGAAGCCAGCCGAGGAUGUGGCGCCGGAAAUGGAGGUGGAGGAAGCGGAGAUUAACUCGCAAGAUUUUCAGUAUGAGGAGAGCUUUGGCAGCGACUGGGAAGAGAGAUGGGCUUCAGGCCCAGCAGAGUUGGAUGAGAACGGGAAGGAAAUUAAAAGAGGAUUGAUCAAUGCGAAACUUGUGAAAUAUCCCUCCAACCCGAAAGAUGCCAAGAACUGUCUUCAGCUCAUGGGCGGCGCUGCCAAUGCGCCCUGCACGGGGAUUUGGACCAGCUUUCGACCGCUCAUCCGACCCACAGAGGUGGAAUUUGAGUUCACCGUGAAUGGCAAAGUGGACAUGCCCAACGCCUCGGUGGUCUUCACUGAACGGCCCUUUGAAGGCGCCCUGCCGGACUGCAAGGUGGGGCUCCAAUUCACGGUGCGUGGCGGCAUGCAGCUCUGUGGCGGCGGUGGAAACCUCGUGCGCAUCAGCAACGAUGGCAAGAUCCAAAAUGACAAGUGGAACAAAGUCUUGCUGAAGAUUGACUGGGCAGACAAAGUGGUAGUGGCUCAAGUCGAUACACGAGGGAAGGGCUAUGCUCCGGCCAUUCAGACGGUGCCUUUCAGAGAUGCCAGUUGCGUGGGCUUUGGAGCACUCUUCAUCUACAACACCGACACCCAGGCCACCUGCUGGUUCAGCUCUUUGAGAAUAAAGCAAAGUGAAGCAGAUAUGGUUCUAACGGACACCGAUGCUUUAGCAGCCCGGCGAGACCUGGCAGAUCGCCUGAAACAGAGGGAGUACCAAAUGGCGGUGGAUGCAGACAUGGAGGCAGAGAGGGACCAGUCGACCAGCGAAAAUCGCAGUGCCUGCAAUCGCUGCAGGCGUUUGGCAAUAUGGAUCUGG